AUAGAGAGGAGAGAGAGAGAGAGAAGGAAAUGAGCAUCGUGUCGGGCGAGAGGGCGGAGAGUUUGGGCCAUCACCGAAACCCCACCGCCGUGCGACACGUCUAUUUAUACACCCCUCCCUCUCACUCCCGCAUCGGUAGCUCAAGCAUUUAGCUUCUCCCUACACCCAAACGGAGUCCCACCCCACCGAGAGAGUGGCAGGGAAGAGACCGAGAGGGAGGAAGCUCAAGGGAGCUUGGCGUGCACAGUCGUGUUCAUUCCCAUGCUUGCCUAGUAGAGCAGCCACAGUAAUAAUUGCUGCGAUUGUUCAUUUCGUGUCUAUCACCGCCGAUUCUUCCGGCGAUUAAUUUUGACGCGGUGCAAAGGGUAACGUCUGCCGUUAAGUAUAUCAGUAGGAAGAGGCAGAGGAGGAGAUGGAGAGGGAGGAACUGAUCAUUGUCGUCAGGGAGUACGACGCCGAGACUGACCGGUCGGCGGCGGAGGCGGUCGACCGGAUAUGCGAGGUGGGCACCAGCGGCAAGGUGUCGCUCUGCAUGGACCUCCUCGGCGACCCCGUCUCCCGCAUCCGCCAUUCCCCGGCCUACCUCAUGCUGGUAGCUGAGACGAGCGGCCCGGUGAGAGAAAUCGUUGGCGUCAUCCGCGGCAGCGUGAAGAUAGUCGCCUGCGGUAGGAAGAUGGCUCGACAAGGCGGCGGAGGGACCAGAACCCAUGGUCCGGCGGCCGCCCCGAUAUAUACCAAGGUCGGCUACAUCCUUGGGCUUCGCGUCUCGCCAUCGCACAGGAGGAUGGGGAUUGGGUUGAAGCUGGUGAAGCGAAUGGAAGAAUGGUUUGGGGAGAAGGGGGCGGAGUACGCCUACAUGGCGACGACGAAGGGCAACGACGCGUCCCUCGGCCUCUUCACCGGGUGCGGCUACUCCAAGUUCCGGACGCCCUCCAUCCUGGUCCACCCGGUGUUCGUCCACCGCCUCCCCGUUCCCCGCUCGGCCGCCGUUCUCCGAAUCCCCCCCGCCGACGCCGAGGUCAUAUACCGCCGCCGCCUCGCCGCCACCGAGUUCUUCCCCCGAGACAUCGACGCCGUCCUCGCCAACCCCCUGUCCGUGGUCACCCUCCUCGCCGUGCCGGCCGGAUGCGCCGCGUCAGAGCGGUGGCCCGGCGCGGAGGCCUUCCUCGCGGCCCCGCCGGAGUCAUGGGCGAUUGCCAGCGUGUGGGACUGCGGCGGCGUGUUCCGGCUAGAAAUCCGUGGGGCGUCGCGGCUUCGGCGGGCGGCAGCGGCCGCCACGCGUGCGGCUGACCGGGCUAUGCCGUGGCUGCGGAUCCCGUCCGUGCCGGACCUGUUCCGGCCGUUCGGGGCCUGGUUCCUGUACGGUAUCGGGGGGGAGGGUCCGGCGGCGGCGACGAUGGCUGCUGCGGUGUGGCGGGAGGCGCACAACACGGCGAGGGGGGCGGCGGCCGUGGUGGCAGCUGAGGUAGCGGAGAUGGAGCCGCUCCGUCGAGGAAUACCACGGUGGCGGCUGCUGUCGGGGGCCGAUGACGUGUGGUGCGUGAAGCGGCUGGCGGAGGAGUACAGCGACGGGGCGGUCGGCGAUUGGACCAAGUCGACGCCGGGGCCCUCCAUAUUCGUGGACCCCAGGGAGUUGUAAGGACUGCUAGAGACGGAGGAGGGAGACGCUCCCUCUUUCUUGCUGAACUACUGUUUUGGUCUUCUUUUCGUCUAUUUCUUCUUUCCUUUUGUACAAAGAGCACUAUUAUUUUCCUGAGGGUUUUCUUUGUUCUGUAACUUCUCCUAAGUUCUCUCUGUAAAUUCGAUGAUGGAGAAUCUCAUGGAGGAGGAGGUUAAGGGCGAAAGCAAAAGUGGCAUCUUGGUUUCCUUCA